AUGGCAGACGCGCCGAAUGCCACCGACGAGCUCUACCCCAUCGCCGUCCUCAUUGACGAGCUCAAGCACGACGACGUCCUUCUCCGUCUCAAUGCCAUUCACCGUCUCUCCACUAUUGCCCUCGCUCUCGGCGCCGAGCGCACUCGCGAUGAGCUGAUUCCUUUUCUCGAUGAGUCUGUCGAGGACGAGGACGAGGUUCUUGUUGCUCUCAGCGAGGAGCUCGGUAGCUUUAUCGAGUACGUCGGAGGUCCUGACUUUGGUCACGUCCUCCUGUCCCCCCUCGAGAACCUUGCCGCGAUAGAGGAGCCCGUCGUCCGUGACAAGGCUGUCGAGUCCCUCAACAAGAUCUGCAACGAACUCUCUCCCAAGCAAGUCGAAGAGUACUUCAUCCCCCUCACAUUCCGCCUCUCCAAGGCCGAUUGGUUCACCUCCAAGGUGUCCGGCUGCGGCCUCUACACGGCCCCUUACAGUAAGGUGUCUGCCGGCACCCAGGAAGAUUUGCGAAAGGCGUUCGGUCAGCUUGUUCAUGACGAGACACCCAUGGUCCGUCGUCAGGCCGCCACCAACAUGGCCAAGUUUGUCAAGGAAAUGCCCGCCGACGUUGUCAUUGAGGAGAUGAUGCCCCUUUUCCAGCACCUCGCCCAGGACGACCAGGAUAGUGUCCGGCUGUUGACUAUCGAGAUUUUGGCUUCCAUCGCUGAGGUCGUUCCCAAGGAACAGCAAUCCAGCCACGGCGUUCUCCUCGCUCUUCUGCGCAGCUUGAUCGAGGACAAGAGCUGGAGGGUGCGCUACAUGAUUGCCGACCGCUUUGAACAGAUCGCAAAGGCUGUUGACGAUGAGGUUCUUUCCAGAGACCUUGUCCCUGCCUUCGUCAAGAUGCUCAAGGACACCGAGGCUGAAGUCAGGACUGCCAUCGCUGGCCAAAUACCCGGCUUCUGCGCUCUCAUCGACCGCAAUGUCCUGCUUAAUGACAUCAUGGGCAGCAUCGAAGAUCUCGUUUCCGACACCUCCCAGCACGUCCGGGCGGCGCUUGGUACGCAGAUUAGGCGGUCUCCGCUCCUAUUUCCUCGGCAGCAGAGGUCGCUGCUCCCGGCUAUCAUCCAGCUGGCCGAAGACAAGCAAUGGCGCGUUCGUCUGGCCAUCAUCGAAUACAUUCCGCUCCUGGCCAGCCAGCUCGGUGUCAAGUUCUUCGACGAGAAGCUGGCUAAUCUUUGCAUGGGCUGGCUCGGCGAUACGGUCUUCUCUAUCCGAGAGGCUGCUACGCACAACCUGAAGAAGUUGACCGAGGUUUUCGGUGUUGAGUGGGCCAACGAGGCUAUCAUUCCGAAGGUCAUGGCCAUGGGCAACCACCCCAAUUAUCUCUACAGGAUGACCACCUGCUUCGCCAUUACUACGCUCGCCUCGGUUGUCAGCAUGGACGUCAUUGCGAAGAGCAUCCUGCCCCAGCUCCUCGACAAGCUUGCCGAAGACGACAUUCCUAACAUUCGCUUCAACGUAGCCAAGACGUACGGAGUCCUCAUUGACGUGCUGCGUCGCUUGCCUGAGGAGGGCACCAUUUAUGCGCUGGAGAAGGAGGGCGCCAGCUUCACGCCGUCGCCGCGUGGCAUGGAGCUCAUUCAGUCAAGGAUUCUGCCCAAGCUGGAGAAGCUGCAGAAGGACGACGAUGUGGAUGUUCGCUUUUUCGCCACGACAGCUGCCAACAGCGUGACGGGUGCGGCGGCAAGCGGCGAGCCGAUGAACACAUCACCAUAGAUGAGAUGAGAGACGUAAUGAAGCAAUUCCCACUUUCGACUCGACAUACCUUUUUUUCCGUUCAUCGCCGGUGAGGCAGAGAUACCUCGCCGGCUCAUGAGGCAAUGGCAAUAACAACGGUCUAACAGCACUAGACAGGGCGAUCGGGUGGAAAAAAACACGAAGCCAGGACAGGGGAGCAGAAAAAGCAUGGAGAGGGGAGGUCGAGUGCUAGACAAGAUGUGAUACAGGCGGCGGCAGGUGCCAGUUCGAAGAGAGAGUCCUGGUACCAAGCGAUGGCUGUCUGGUAUCGUUUGCGUUUCUGCGGAAGACACGGUGUAUCAUUCGAAGUAGCUGAGCAGUCUUCACACAACGAAUGGAAGGUGAUGGUAACAUG